AUGACAAACAACUCCAUCACUGGCGCGCUGCCCGACCAGUGGGCCAACCUCACCUCCCUGCAGGCGCUGGCGGUGGGGGCCAACCAGCUGAGCGGCAAGAUUCCGCUGACCUGGCGCUUCAUCCCGCUCCACUCCCUCCAAGUUGCCGGCAAUGGUGGCGUGUGCGGCGAGGUGCCGGCCGGCGUGGGCGGCGCCGUCGCGGGCGGCGACACUGGGCUGCACAGCUCCUGCCCUUGGGACGCGGACGCCGAGGCGCUGCUGUCCUUCAAGGCCAACCUGUCAGACCCAGAGGGCGCCCUCGCCGCCUGGCAGCCAGACACCAACCCCUGCAGUGCCACGGCGCCCUGGGGCGGCAUCGCCUGCGAUGCGGACGACCGCGUGGUGGCGCUGCGGCUGGACGGGCGGGCGCUGGGGGGCACAUUGGGCGGCGGCCUGGAGGGCGUGGAGCGGCUGGCAGAGAUCCGCCUUGCGGGCAACAAUCUGACAGGCACCCUCCCCACCGAGUGGUCGCGCCAGCCGCGGCUGGCCGUCGUGGACGUCUCCCAUAACCGUCUCGCCGGCACCCUGCCCGACGCCUGGGGCGGCGGCGCUCUGCCGGCGCUGGACACGGUGGACGCGUCCGGCAACGGCGGGAUUGGCGGCACCCUGCCCGAGUCCUGGGGGGCGCUCCCUUUGCUGCGUGUCCUGAGCCUGCAGGGCAACGCCCUGGAGGGCAGCCUGCCCACCUCCUGGGCGGCCGCCCCCAGCCUGCGCGUGCUGCAGCUGGACAACAACCGCCUCAACGGCAGCCUGGCCGACGCGGCGCUGCCGAGGGGCGUGCGGCAGGUGACCCUCAGCGGCAAUGCACUGGAGGGCGGCGUGUCCCCAGCGCUCGCGGAGCGAUUCCCGGACCUCAGUGUCCUGGACCUGGAAGGGAACCAGCAGAUGUGCGGGCAGCUGCCCGCGCUGCCCUCCAGCACGACCGUGCGCACGCGCAUGACCGGCCUCGGCCGCACCUGCUCCAGCCAGGCAGCCGCGCGCCAGACGGUCGCCAUCGCCGUCGGUGCAACCGCCGGCGCGGUCUGCCUGGCGUUCAUCGCCGCAGUCGCCGCCGCCGCCGCGACGCGCCGCCACAUGCUCGCCCAGCACGCCGCUCCCGCUCCCGCGCAGCCACCCGACUCGGCGGCGGCCGCGGCUGCGGCAGACGUUGCUGCAGCUGCAGACGCGGCGGCAAUGGCGGAGAAUGACUCACAGCUCCACCCGCGGGCGCUGUGCGCGCUGUCCGCAAGCGUGUGCGACGGCGAGGGCGGGGCCUCCUUCGCCUCCCUGCGCGAGCGGCGCGCCGCGUCCGAGGCGCGCGCCGGCGGCGGCCGGCCACACAGCCCCGAAAUUGGCCCGGCGUCCCACCCACCCUCGCCGGCGCCCUUCCAGCCGGCCUGCGGCAGCACGCCCGCGCAGCCGCCCCCCCCGCGCUCGCCGUCGGCCAGCGGCCUGCUGGCCGCCGCGGCGGGGCCCCCGCAGCCGGGCGCCGCCCAGCUGAGCGCGGCGGCGGCCAAGCACCUAGCGAUGCGCAUGCACACCCUCAGGGCUGAGGCCGGGUCCCCCGUGCUGGACGGCGCCGGGGGCGGCGGCGGCGUUGGGGGGCCGGCGUCCCCAAAGGCACUGAUGGCGUCGCUGAUGGCAGCCACGGUGGCGCCGGCGUCACCACGCGCGACGGCGGCGCUCACUCCGCGGGCCGCGGCGGCGUGGGUGGCGUCGGCUGAGGCCGCGGCCGGCGGGCCUGUGCAGCAGGGCCAGGGCCAAUAA